AUGUCUUCAAAUAACUGGGCUCCUGUGGUGGCAUACGUGUUAUUUGUGUUGCUGGGCUGUUACUGGGAAGCGGUGUCAGGGCAGCUCUCCUACUCCAUAUCAGAAGAGGUGAAUCCGGGGACUUCCGUAGGAAAUUUAGCCAAGGAUCUCAAUCUUAGUAUCGAUGAUCUGGAGUCUCGUAUGUUUCAGAUUGUUACCCGAUCCAAGAGAAAAUUUUUCGAGGUAAAUCUUAAAACUGGUCUCCUCUUUGUUAAUGACAGAAUAGAUAGAGAGGAGCUCUGUGCGAAGGCGACGAAAUGCACAGUGAGCGUGGAGGCAGUGAUCAAUGCUCCACUGAAGCUUUAUCGUUUAGAAAUAAAUAUUCUAGAUGUGAAUGAUAACUAUCCGUCUUUCAGUGCCAAUUCACAAAGUAUUGAAAUAGCCGAAAGCACAUUACCUGGGUCUAAAUUUCUUGUGUUAUCGGCCUAUGAUGCCGAUGUAGGAAAAAAUGGUAUCAGCACUUACAAGCUAAACCAAAAUGACCAUUUUUCAUUAUUAGUGAACAAAGGAGAAAGUGUGUCUGCAGAGCUCAUCCUCCAGAAGCCAUUAGAUCGAGAAAAACAGCCUGUAAUUAAACUCACAUUGACUGCUGUUGAUGGUGGGACACCUCUGAAAUCCGGAACAUCACAGAUAAUAAUCAAUAUUUUAGACGUCAAUGAUAACAUCCCACUGUUUACCAAAUCACUGUAUAAAACCAGUAUUAGUGAAAAUGUGCCGCUUGGUACUACAGUAAUAACAAUAACGGCGACAGACGCUGAUGAAGGUCCAAACGGGGAUAUUUCAUAUUCACUCAGCAGCAAAGAUCAAGACCAUGUUUUGCAAAUAUUUCAAAUUGAUGAGCACACAGGUUUACUGACAGUUAAGGGAAAGAUCGACUUUGAGGAGCACCCGGCUUUUGAAAUCCGGGUGCAAGCUAGUGAUAAAGGCUCUCCUCCAAUGGCAACACAGUGCAAAGUACUAAUUGAAGUGUUGGAUUUAAAUGACAAUAAGCCUGAAAUAUCUGUAACAUCACUAACUGAAACAGUUAGAGAGGAUGCAAAAUUAGGAACUGCUGUUGCACUUGUGUCAGUCCUGGACAGAGAUGGGGGUAAAAAUGGAGUAGUUCAUUGUAAUAUUAAAAAUGGCAGCCCCUUUAAAUUGGAACCAAAUUAUAAAAACUAUUAUUCUUUGGUUGUAGACGGAGAACUAGACAGAGAGAGUGCUUCACAUUAUAAUGUCACUAUCAUAGCAACGGAUGACGGAAUCCCAGCUCUCAUGAGCAGCAGGGAUCUUACCAUUCAUGUUUCCGAUGUCAAUGACAACUACCCUCGUUUUUCAGACACUUUUGCCAAUAUUUAUUUGAAAGAAAAUAGUCCUGUUGGAGCCGUUUUAAAAACAGUAUCAGCAGUUGAUGCAGAUAUCGAUAAAAAUGCCCAGGUAAGCUAUUCCAUUGUCAAAAGUAACAAUAACUCAUUUCCACUCUCAACAAUGGUGAACAUCAAUUCGGAGACAGGAGAUAUAGUCAGUCUUCAGUCAUUUAACUUCGAGGAGUUAAAAACGUUUCAGUUUAAAGUUCAGGCCACAGACUCUGGUGUUCCUCCGCUCAGUAGCAACGUGACUGUGAACGUUUUUAUCCUGGAUGAGAAUGACAAUAGUCCCGCAGUUCUCGCGCCCUAUUCUGAGCACGGCUCCGUUAACAGUGAGAGCAUCCCCUACUCUGCUGAAGCAGGAUACUUUGUGGCAAAGAUCAGGGCUGUAGACUCAGACUCUGGAUACAGUGCGUUGCUUUCUUAUCACCUCUCUGAGCCCAAAGGAAACAACCUCUUCAGGAUCGGAACCAGCACCGGAGAAAUCAGGACUAAGAGGAGAAUGAGUGACAAUGACCUGAAAACUCACCCCUUGGUGGUCUUGGUUUCUGAUAACGGAGAACCCUCCCUGUCAGCUACUGUGUCUAUUGAGGUGGUGGUGGUUGAAAGCACAGCUGACAGCCAGACUCAGUUCAGACAUGUGCCCGUAAAGGAGGGCAGCUUCUCUGCUUUAAACCUGUAUCUGCUGAUCGCCAUUGUGUCGGUUUCAGUGAUCUUUCUGCUGAGUCUCAUCAGUUUAAUAGCUGUCAAAUGCCACAGGACAGACGGCAGCUUCAGCAGGUACAGCGCCCCAAUGAUCACCACCCACCCUGACGGGAGCUGGUCUUAUUCUAAAGCUACUCAGCAGUAUGACGUCUGUUUCAGCUCAGACACGCUCAAGAGUGACGUAGUGGUUUUCCCCGCACCGUUUCCGCCUGUAGAUGCGGAGCUGAUCAGUAUUAACGGAGGAGACACUUUUACCAGAACUCAGACUUUACCUAAUAAAGAAAAGGUAAGAAUACAAUUGCAUUAA